AUGUCAGCCACACCAAUCCGCACGAAAACCGGUGCCUACGCGCGCCGCAAACCCACCGAGUUCCUGCACCCCGACGGGCGCAAGAUGCUCGUCGCGCUGCCCGAGGAGGCAGAGCGGCUGCGGCAGAAGCACGCGUCGGGCGCGACACAGGUGGAGGUCGUGGUGCACGGGUCGGCAGAGCACCAGCGGCUGCUGCGCGAGUCACAGCGGCACCACGAGGCGCGGCGCGAGGCGCUGCUGGCGAGGCAUGGGGCCGAGGCGCUGGAGGAAUGGGAGAGCGUGGGCAGGCAGCUGGAUGGGGUCACGGCGCAGCUGGAGGGGCUUGUGGACCACUCGGCCGCGCUGAGGGAGAACUUUAGCAAGUUUGGGUAUGAUGCGCGGCUGCGGACGUACGGAGGGGGGGAGGAGGACGAGGAGGAAGAGGAGGAGGAGGAGGAGGAGGAGGAGGAGGAGGGGGGGGCUAACGCUGGUAGUUCUGGCACAAGUGUCGGCGAGGCUGUGAGGCUGUUCAAGAGGCCUGUGGUCAAGCAGUAUUUUCACAGGGGCCUGCUGUGGAGAUCCUCUCGUGACAGCGAAGUCAUGCCGUUCGAGCUGUUCUUCGACCUCUUGUUUGUCGGCAUCAUCGCCGUGAACGGUGACCAUGCAUCAGAGGAGCCUACGGGUCGUGAGCUGCUGCGGUUUGUCAUCACCUUCUGCAUGAGCUGGAAGAUCUGGACCGACGUCACGCAGCUUAUUGAGUGGUUCGACACGGGCGAUGUGCUGAACCAGCUUGGGCUGCUCUUUCUCUUUGCCUGUCUUCUCGGGUUGACCACCAACAUGGUCUCGGCUUUUAGUGAAGAGAACGACACAUAUGUCCAGCUCGCAGGAUACUACAUCACAUCUCGCCUAUUCUUGUCAGUCUGGGCAGCCUCGACAGCGUAUCUGGUACCGAUGAUCAGGGGCAUGAUGUACUCGCAGGUUAUACACUUUCUCACCGGGGUGGCCCUCUGGAUCGGCAGCACGCAGGUCGAGUACCCCGACAGCCUGGGCCUGGUCAUCACGGCGCUCGUUGUCGACAUCUGCGGCAGCGCCACAUAUGUCAGCCUCUUCCUGUACGCGAAAUCGCACCAGUCGAGGGUGGCGCGCCGCAUCGAACGGUUCUUUGAGUUCUACCCAGCCGUGAACAUCGAGCACAAGGUCGAGAGGACCAACGCCUUUGUCUGUCUGGUGAUUGGAUACGGCGUCGUCGGUGUGCUCUACCAGAAUCAAGGGUAUGGGCUGAACGCAUUUCUGGGCAAGGCGGUUCUGGGCCUGGCACAGGGCUACAUUUUCAAUUGGCUGUACUUUGAGAUCGAUAAUGGCCAGCUGCACACCCACGCCAUCCGACGCCACGCACACACAGCUUUUCUCUGGCAGUACACUCAUCUCAUCUUCAUCAUGUCGUACAUCAUCUCCAGCGCCGCCCUCUCCAAACUCGUCGUGGCACACGACUGUCCCAACGCCAGCAACGCCACACUGACGGAGCUGUACGCCGACAAGUCCGAGGCCGACGUUCCGCUGGGCCUGCGCCUCUUCUACUGCGUCGGCCUCGGCGUUGCCCUCGCGUGCAUGCUGAUCAUCAACCUCACACACAUACACAAGGUCCCCUCCAUGACAUGCCGCAUCCCGCUCUGGCUGCGGUGCGCCAACAGGAGCGCCGUGUGCGUCGUGCUCUGCUGCCUGCCAGCCGCAGGGGACCGGCUGAACAGCCUGCAGCUGGUGGGGCUGGCGGCGGGCUUGUCGGCAUGGGUGCUCGGGGUGGAGCUGUUUGGGCGGUCGUGCCGGGACACGAGCCUGUUUGGGGACGGCGAGGGGGGCCGAUGUAGCUAUACGGCGCGGUGCAGUCGACGAGCACUGGAAGAUGCCACUAGGAGGAGAACGAGUGGGAGUGACGGCGAGAUUGAGGUUAGGGAGCUUGGGAGGGACGAGAAGACUGCUGUGCCAGGGGGGAUUGACUGA